UUGUUUGCUAGGAAGAGGCGCGCGUGUGUCACCUGAGUUAGCAAAUUUGGCCACAAAUAUAUAUUUAUGCACGUUUCAGAGUAAUUUAAAAUAGGCACGUGUUUAAAUCAGUUGGAUAAUAAAGACGCUGUGUCAAUAUAGUUUGCUGUCUACGCUUAGCUAUGGCUAAUUUUAGCUUCUCAGCCUCGAAGAGGAGCUAAGCUAGCUGUCAACUAGCUGACUGACUUUCUGUAAGUAUUUGGGUGAAUAAGCGGUUUUAAAUAAAGCGAACACCAGGAGCUAUGCGGUCUCUGAACUACGUCCAGCGGGUCAGUUUGGAUUUCACAGGAACUCUGUUUCCUCAUGCUAUCUGUCUGGCAGACGCAGACAACGACUCGCUGAAUGAGCUGGUCGUAGGAGACACCAGUGGAAAGCUGCUUGUUUACAAGAACGAUGACUCCAAACCGUGGAUCACAAGAACCUGUGUGGGCAUGCUGACCUGUGUUGCAGUUGGAGAUGUCUGCAACAAAGGAAAGAACUUUGUGGUCGCUGUGGGUGCAGAAGGAUGGUUUCACCUCUUCGACCUGACAGCCACCGCUGCAAGCAAAGCAGAAUCAUCCAGCCAACAUGAAUUCUUUUCGUCUGAAGACCAGAAGCCCUUCUUCACCCAGCAUAUUCCUGCUAACACCAAAGUCAUCCUCAUCAGUGACAUUGAUGGAGAUGGGCGCUGUGAGCUGGUGGUGGGCUACACGGACCGAGUGGUGCGAGCCUUCCGCUGGGAGGAACCGUCGGAUGGUUCAGAUGCGGGAUCCGGUCAGCUGGUUCUGCUGAAGAAAUGGCUGCUGGAGGGACAGGUGGACAGUCUGUCAGUGAACCCGGGUCCAGAGGGUUUACCGGAGCUGAUGGUGUCUCAGCCAGGUUGUGGCUACGCUAUCCUGCUCUGCUCCUGGACACAACAGGACUCCAGUGGAUCUGGAGACGACGCUCCUGCCACGCCCGGGAGCGAAGGACCUUCCAGAGACAUAGUUCUCCACCUGACCACCGGGCGGAUACACAACAAGAACGUCUCUACUCAUCUCAUUGGCAGCAUAAGCAAAGGUUCAAAAGAGGAAUCUUCUAAAUGUGGCCUGUUUGCUCUUUGUACUUUAGAUGGAACCCUGAAGCUGAUGGACAGCUCGGAGCAGCUGUUGUGGUCGGUGCAGGUGGAUCAUCAGCUCUUUGCCCUGCAGAAGCUCGACGUUACUGGAGACGGCAGAGAGGAGGUGGUGGCGUGUGCCUGGGACGGUCAAACCUACAUCAUCGAUCACAAUCGGACUGUGGUGCGUUUCCAGUUUGAUGAGAAUGUCAACGCCUUCUGUGCAGGUCAGUACACGUGUAAGGAGGGUAAAAACAGCCCCUGCCUGGUGUACGUCAGCUUCAAUCACAAAAUCUACAUCUACUGGAAGGUGGAGCUGGAGCGGAUGGAGUCCACCAACCUGCUGCGGGUGCUGGAGGAGAAACCCGACUUUAAAAGUCACCUGAGGGUGCUGGGAGUCGAUGCUGAGGAUUCGGCUGCAGUCAGAGCGCUGGUGGCAGAUAUUCUCUACAAGGAUGGACCGACGUAGCACAGCGACACAUGUCACCACACUGCCUUCUCUGUUUUCCCUCAGACUGUAAAUACUCUGUUAAUAAACACCGACUGACUGUCUGCC